AAUGACUAACUGACCGUAUAACCUGUUUAUUUUCUAAUUGGCUGCAAAUCUUCGCGUUUCUUCAACUGAUAACUCUUCCUUUGUUUCUGGCCACCCAAACUAACUUCAAUCUCGUCUCAUCACGUAGCCUCAUCUUCAAUCCCCUAGCUAUGGGUCUUGCUUAAUACAUCCAGACGCAAUUUCUAAGUACAUCCCAUCCACGAGCAUAGACUUUAUAACCCUCCAAGAAGUACGAAUAGUGUACAUUCUAUCUAAAGUAUACACAAGCAAAUGACUGGAAGCACCAUCAAUUGCAUAGCAGUUAUGUGGCCGACACCAGAGUCAACCUCUGACGCAUCUGAGUUGCUUGAAGAUGUUGAUUCUGUGGAUGUUGAUUCUGUGGAUGUCGACUCUGUGGAUGUCGACUCUGAAUAUGUCGAUUCUGUGGAUGUCGACUCUGAUGAUGUCGACGACCAAAUGUCUGUGGAUACUGAACUAGAAGCAUCCUCAUGGUUAUUACCAUGGUGCCCGGCCAAGGCCCCAGCACCGAGACCAGAUCGGAAACCGCCUCUUCUUCUCCCCGAGGAACGAAAACGCUCAGUCACAGAAUUGUUCAAAGUUUGGUUGAAGUCGAGGAUAGCACCAUUGGCAAUAGCGAAAUAUAAAAAGUAGGCAGGUUUCAUACACGUAAAGAGGCUUGACCCAGGACUCCUUAUCGUUCUUAUACUGCUUUCAAGGGGGCUGAAGGUGUGUUGACGUGACUAUUCAAGUGUCACGGUUGAGAUCAUCAACGCU